GUUGCUAGGUGUUUUAGCGUCCUGUCUGUGUACGGUUGCUAGUUAAUGGCUAGUCGCCUUUUUCAGUGAAGCCCGUAAACCUGGGCGGAAAUGGAACGUAUCGGUAUCAACUGGGGAUGAACGCGCUGGAAUCACAUAAAUCAACAAUUAAAGGAUAUGCGAUUGGGGCUCUACAGAAUGCUCACUGGAGGUACAAGUGAUAUUUCAUGAGAACAGAAUUGUUUUCUGUCAGUAGGUGUUCAGUAGGUUUUGGGCACUCACAUGAGCUCCAGGGAUGCAGCCAGGAUGGGUGACAUCUUGGCAACGGAAGCUGAUCUUCUUGGCAUGAUUAGGGAGUACCUUAAAUUUGAGGAAUUUGAAGAGACCAUUCACCGUUUUGACAAGGACUGCAAAAGUAAAGGCAAGCUUGUGUCGAAGCCUCAGGGGAGUACUCUCCGAGACGCAAAGACUCGUGUCAUUCAGAAAGACCUACUUAGCUCUUUCGAUGACGGAGAUCACAAGGUGUUCUUUGAAUUGUGGACAGAGAACAAUAUUUCCUUUGAGGUAAAAGACACAGAUUGUGAGGUUCAGAGACUUGAGUUCUACCUUCAUGUCCAUUUCACCAUCUACCCACUGAGGAGGCACCCUGGUAGACAUGACCAAGCUGAGUUUGAGAAGAGGAUUUCCUAUUUCAAGCAGUAUCUGGAGACUCGAGGAGCAGCACUGAGUCAGACCGCAGAGUUUCUGCCUUACUAUGCCUUGCCUUUCAUUCCCAACCCCACCGUCCAUCCCUCCUUCAAAGACCUUUUCCAGGAAACCUGGAUACCACAUUUGAGGGAUAAGCUGGAGCAGUUUCUCUUUGUGACACUGAAGGCAGCUUUCAUCCCAAGGUUGCUGAAUUUAUAUAAGGAAGGUGGAAGGAGUACUAAAGAGGCCAUGCAGCAGUUACAGCUCCAGCUUGUCGAAUCAGACCGGCGUGUCACCAGCUACAUGCGUAAGUUCAACAAGAUGCAGGCUGACUACCACAACUUGAUUGGAAUCACGGCUGAGCUGGUCGACUCUUUGGAGGCCACCGUCAGCGGAAAAUUGAUUUCCCCCGAGUACCUGCAGAGCGUGUGUAUUCGUCUGUUCAACAACCAGAUGAGGCAGAGCGUGGUGCAGAGCACUGACUUCACCAGACCUGGCACUGGAUAUUACUCUAUGAGUCCCUAUGACGAUGGCUAUGCCUCCUCAAUGCUCCGAGCAUCCAUCGCACCACAGAGAUCCAAGGAGGUGCCAAUGCUCCCCUCACUGGACUAUGAGAAGCUGAAAAAAGACCUGGUUGAAGGCUCAGACAGACUCAGGUCCCUGCUGCUUCAGGCGCUUCGCUGGAGACUGACUCGCUCACUGCCCGGUGAGCAGAGAGACACUGUUCUUCAAGCCUAUAUCAGCAAUGAUCUGCUGGAGCGCUACAGCCCUAAACAGGAUACUGUUCUUCAGUCGAUAAGGUCGGAGAACGAGAUUGUCCGGCAAUACAUGGCUCGUCUCAUCAAUGCAUUUGCUUCCUUUGCGCUGGGUCGGGUUUACCUCUCCCAAAUCCCCAGUCUUCUAAAACUUCUGACAGAUACUCUUAGGAAGGAGGAAAAAGACUCCCUCACCAGAGAGAAUGUGCUUGUCGCCCUGCAGAAACUCAGCCUCAGGCGGGACCAGCAGACGGCCAUGAUAGCAGACGAUCUGAUUGGCUGGCUGGUGGAUGAACUGCAAGACUCGGACUGUCUGACAGACUACACCCUGGAAUAUUUUGCAGCACUUCUAAUGAACCUGUGUCUGCGCACAAAAGGAAAAAGGAAGUGUGCAGAGAACGCCAAACAUAUACUAAAGGUUCUAACUGACCUCCUUGGACAUGAGAACCACGAGAUUCGGCCAUAUGUGAACGGAGCCCUGUACAGCAUCCUGUGUAUUCCCUCCGUCAGGCAGGAAGCCAGAGAGAUGAGCUUAGAGGAAAUUCUUCGCUGUUACAGCAAAGAGGAAAACCCAGACCUUAACAGACAGAUUGAGUUCAUUAUUAAACAGCUGAACUCAGCUGAAGAAGAGGCACCAGAAUCAGACGAUGAAGAGGAAGAGGAUGACAAUGAUGAAGAUUUAAUGGAAACGGAUCUCGACAAAGAAGAAGUUCUGCAACCGCAGCCCAGGGAGCUGUCUGGGGAGAGUCUGCUCACCACUGAGUACCUCGGCAUUAUGACUAACAUGGCAAAAGUGAAGAGGACACAGCCGGGUGUUGAUGAACCCCUACAAAGGCCAGUCACACCGAGUUCUCAUCGCAAUGUCAAUGCAGUGGAUUAUCAGGUGGGCAGUCAGGGGGGCAGAGAAUACCCUCUCAGUCGACCGAAGAGCGAAGAAGGAAGCCUGCCUCCUUCCCGAUACAACUUUCGACCACCUACGCGCUCCGGCAGCUGCCCCAGCACUUCUGACUCUCUGCGUCACACCAUCGACUCAGAGUGUGGCCGGUUGUCCCAGGAGUCGGAGUUGGACGGGCUCUACGAGAGGCAAGCGACAAAAGAGCGCUCCCGGGAGGAACACAACGGACACUCUGCCAGUGGCGGUCACUCGGACUCCGCGUUUGCAUGCCGGCCUAAAAUUCCACGUACACCUGACACGGCGGACAGCCAGAGCAGCGCUCGCAAGAGUCAAGACUUGGCGCCUAGGUUUUCCCAGUCAGAGCCACAGCAGAGAAGCCGUCAGGGCUCCGCCGGCUCCACAGCAGGAGGAGUGGGACGCCAAAGUGGAAGCAGCCAGUCAAAGAGGAGGUGAAGAGGGAGCUGUCACCGCGGAGCAGCGCUAUCUCCCCAGUAGCAUCAGGCUUCCUGUAACAUCAUCCCCCCAGGUUGUGAUCAGGGUCAGGGCAACAGAGAUGGUCGAAAAUCAGUAGUGAGAGGCGGGGGAGGGGGGAGGGGAGGAGUGGGAACAAUGUGAAGGAUUGUGGCCCUGCAUUUUCCUCCCCCUUUGGCUGUCGCACAGACUUCCUCCCGUAACAUAAUAUGCGGUUUGGUAAUAAUCACAACCCCCAGCCGUGAAACAUUGUACACCUUGUAGUCUUACAGCUAACCUCUAAAUUUCUAAGAAACCGAGGCUGCUGAAGUCGACGCUGUCUUAAAGCGCCACUGUGGAACUUCUGUCACCCCCUUGAGGAAUUUAGAGUAAUUACCAAAACACUGCUGGUGCCAGUGAUCUUGAACCAACCCCCUCCAACUCUGCACUAUCCUGUUGCAAGAAGCAUUCAUCCAGUGAAACUGCUGAACGUCUGGAGGGUUUAUAACAGCAGAGUCCACUUGUGAAAGCUUCGGUUGGCGCUUCUUUCUUGCUGUUCUUGAUCUUGCCUCUAUGAAUCAAAUCCAACGGGCACAGCACACAAGAAAGUUACUAAGAAACUGAAGCUGGUGGGCAGCUGUAAGAACAAAAUGUCUGACCCACUCACUCUCCCGCACUAAAGUCCAUGGAGAAAUGCAGCGUUUUAAAGAGGGCGGAGGGAGGACUACUGCAGGGGGUGAGCAAAGCAAACAGAUUUCAGCUAAUGUCAACAUGUUUUUAAGACAUUAUAGACUUAAGGAGUUUGUAAAAUUGGCUCAAAUCUGUCAUGGUUCUAAAGAGAGCUGGUUCUAAUCGCAUGGGGUCCACCAGGGGACACAUACAGCACAGACCCGGUAUCAACAUCCGUCCUCAGUUAUAAAUCGUACAUGGGAUUGUUUACAUUAGGCAUGAAUAUAUGUCCUGGAUCCGUCUUCCUUGAUUAGAUUGGGCUUCCCUGCCCUUUAUUCAAAUACACACAGGCGUCACGAGCGUCACCAAGAACAAAACUGUGUUUGUAAAGAGUCUGACUGUACAGACGUCAGGCGUGAUUAAAGAAAGAGGAUGGGAGGGCGCUUUAGUGAAUCAAAACUCUACUCGCGCAAUGAAAUCAUUUUUAACCAUAAAGAAAACAGAGUCGCAAUAGAAAUCGGUGUUAAUAUCGCGGUGGUGGCUGCACACAUGAAUGUAUGUAUGAGCGCUGAAAUAGUGUUAAACCAAAACUCGUAACUGCUGUAAUCAGACGAUGUCGGUCUCAAACCCACCCCGAGGACAGAUUACACUUAAACAGGAAUGUGGCCACGUGUCCUCAAACCACCUGCAAAUGUGGUCUCUGUGAUCGCAUCACUCAUGGUGGAUGUUAAUACCAGGUCUGUACAACCCAUUUUUUUUCUCCACUUGAUGACUAAACUUCAUUAUGAUGCUGCUGUGUUUGUUUAAUUUGACCAGGGUUUUUUUUUGUCAUUUAAAACAUUUUUUCAUAUCUUUUACUCAUAGAAUUUGACAGAAAAGUGCAGUGUAGAGAUUUUAUUUUCUUUGAAAAUCUCAAUCCCAACCUCCACUGUCUGAUGAUCGAAUAACACAUCUGUCUCUGGAAAUGAAUUAAAAACCAUGUCUUCAUGUCUUGUCUCGAUUCUACAACUCAACAAUCGUACGAAUGUCUGCUAUGUACAGAAUCAUGUACACAAAUACUUGCAUAUAAAUACUUAAUAGUAAAAUUAUUGAUGUACAUUACAUUACCAUUCUUUCCACGUCCGACAAAUCUCUGGGUGUUGUUUCCAGGUGUCCUGAUAUUUAUUUGUUAACGUCUACAUUUUUGUUGUAGUGCAUUUGAAACUGACUUUGAUAUGUUGUGCUGUAUGUGAGUUUUAAAUAAAUGUGUGACACAUGAA